CUUCCCAUUUCUUCAGCAACAUUAAAGUCAGCGUCACCUUCCAACAAUGGCGGCGUCCACGAAGAAAUUCACCAUUCUGUUGUGCGUCGUGGCCUCGCAAGCGACGUUACUAUACAGUUUCGGAUACUAUACGGUGGUGGUGCUUCUUUCCUCCACCACCACGAUGGAAGAGGACCUCGGGAUGACGGAGAGUCAAGGGAACCACUUCCGGAGCGACACCCGAUGGACGUUCUUCUUCGCGUGCUUCAUUUCGGGCUUCGUGGCGGACUUUCUCGGCCGUCGCUCGACACUGAUCUUAUCGGGAACCCUAGCGUUCGUAGGGUUCCUGGUCAUAUCCCUCGCGGUUUCGUAUGGCGUCCUCAUCACCGGCAGGAUCCUCUCCCUCGUCGGAAUCGGGUUAGGACUCCCGGUCGCGCCUCUUUACAUCGGAGAGGUCGCGAGCCCGAGCCUACGAGGCCGUCUCAACACCAUACCGGAGAUACUUUCAGUCCUAGGACUGUGGUUAGGUGUGUUGACACGGGCCGCAGUCCGGGACCUGCCAGCGACCUCCCAGUGGAGGGUGAUGGUGGGUAUGGGGAUCAUCCCAUCCCUAAUUUUAGGGGUGGGUAUGAUAUUCCUACCCGAAUCACCCUGUUGGUUGGUCCGGCGGGCUAGAGUCAGGGAUGCGAAAAUUGCCCUCCAACGUACUCUGAAAACCACGGAAGAAGUCGAAGCACGCUUGCUGGGGUUGAGGAAAGCUGCCAGAAUCCCACCAACAAUGGGAGACGAAAACUUCGAUGCCUUGGCACAAGACAUCCACGUCUUGGCCAUUUGGCAGGAACUGCGACGACCAUUGGUCCGACCCCAGUUGAAAAAGUUGUUGAUCUCCGUGUUCACCAUCCAGUGCCUUCAGCCAAUGUCAGGGGUGGACCUUCUCACGUACGAGUCGCUGAUGAGGUACCCUCACAACGGUCCGGGCACUCCGGUGGAGUUCGUGAUGGAGGAGCUCCUCCCAUUGUGCGGGAGGUUGCUCCCCAUCUCGGCUCCCCUGUUCCUCUCAGAUGUCAUCGGACGGACACCACUCGUGCGUCACAGCUUGGGGGCCGCGGGGAUCUCCAUGGUGUUCAUCUGCACCACGACGACAAUGUUGAACUAUGAGAUCAGCUCGAGAGUUGUCAAGGAGCUGAAGAGGUGGAGCACGAUAGCCUUCUUCGGAUCGUUUUCCUUUGGAUUAGGCCCCAUGACAAUGGUGCAUAGCUCCGAAGCCCUCCCAUUUAAGGUUAGGGCUCAAGUAAUCGGGAUUGCAGUGAUGGUGAACCGACUACUAAGCUUUGGGUUGUAUUGCUUGAAACCAGCUCUAGACCGGGUGUUCGAGAGUUUGAUAUACUGGAUUAUCAACCUCGGAUUCCUAUUCGGAUUGUGGCUGUGCGGCAGGUACAUAAUCGAGACCUCCAACGAGUCCUUGGAAGUGCUGGACAACGAUUUCAGGCCGACACUCGAGCUGAGUUUAGGUCCUCUUGCUACCUAGGACAUUCAGAAACAACCAUCGCAUUGUUGAUGAAAGGGCGCUGCUUCUCCAAGUAUAGGGAGGUUUUGAAAAUUCUGCUUCCUUCAUGGACGAAAGACUGCAAGAGUCGAGAGGUGUUGCAGUCUUUGCCAUGGUUGAUCUGCAGAUUCUAUCACUGUUUUUUUCCCUUUUCGAUCCAUCUGCGUUAAUAAGGAUUCGCAUAUCCUAUUUUCUAGCAAGGCAUAAAUCAAGGGAGUAGUUGAAGUGCGUAGUAGAAGUAAAAGCCAGUUUAUUGUAAGAGACCGAGGUU